AAUAAAUAAAUUUGGUCAAAGAGUUUCUCCCCGUAUAAAACCCUAACCUUGAUAUUGCGUAAUUCUGGAAAAUUACUGGUUCAAUCUUCCCGCUAAAAAUGUUGUGAAACCCUAGUUUUCUUACCAUCUCUCUUCAAUUCAAACGAUGAAUACAGCUCCGAAUUCACCACUUCCAGAUGCAUUCAUCAAAUUCCUCAAUGAUAAUGGAUUAGACCCUUCAAUUUACACUUCCACCGAUUCUUUCCCUCGUUACAUUAGGUUGAAGCCGGGUCACGAGGCGAAAAUCGGAGAGAUUGAAGCUGAGCUUCAGUGCAAAUUGAAUGUAGUGGGGUGGUUGCCAAGCUUUUAUUCUCUCCCACCUGAUGUUCAGAUUGCCAAUUCAAAGGCUUACCAAGAAGGCAAGGUUUAUGGAAUCGAUGCUGCUUCAGGGGCUGCUGUCCAGGCUUUGAACAUAGCUCCUGGAGACCAUGUUCUUGAUCUUUGUGCUGCUCCAGGUGCAAAACUUUGUAUGAUAUUAGAUAUUCUUGGUGAUUCUGGUUCUGCUACUGGUGUUGAUGUUGCUAGACAUCGUCUGGCAGCUUGCAGAACUAUGGUGCAGAAAUAUGCUCUGGGUGAUCGUUGUCGGCUCUUAGUUGCUGAUGGCACAUCAUUCUCUUUGAUUCCCUUCCGAGAUUCUGCUGCUUCUAAAUUAUCUAAUGGUUCUACUUUGGAAAAGAAAAUAGAUGUAUUUAAGGAGUGGACUUCUAAGCGGCCAUGGAAGGAAAGGAAACGUGCAGCAAAAGCAAGGGAAGUUAGCCCAUUACAGAUCUUAGAACCAGAACUUAUAUUCUAUGGGAAGCAUUCAGGAGUCAUUGGCUGUACAAGAGAUGAAUUAUACCAGACUGUAAAUGAUGAAGAGCUUUAUGCUUGCGGUUAUGACAAGGUCCUAGUAGAUGCUGAAUGCACUCAUGAUGGAUCAAUUAGGCAUGUUCAGAAAUUUGAAAAUUGGGGCUGGCAAACACUUCAACGCCGUGUGCUGGAUGCAGAGAGAACCGAUGACCUUACAAAUCUCCAAUUUCGACUUCUGAGUAAUGGUUUUCGAUUGCUGAAAGCUGGGGGCUCACUUAUCUACAGCACUUGCAGCUUGACAGUUGCCCAAAAUGAAGAAGUGAUUGAGAGGUUCCUGUUGGAUAAUUCAUCAGCUGAGCUGCAAGAAAUAGUUGAUUUUAACACUUGGCCAUGCAAGAUUGGUCGGAUACCUAAGACGUUGAGAUUUGAUCCUGUAACAUCCCAAACUAGCGGGUUAUUUGUUGCCAAAUUCACUAAGUUGCCCUUGUGACUGGUGGUUCCUGAAGGUAAAUCCUGAGGGUUAAGACAGUCAUAGACAUGUGAUUGACGUCAUCAAAAGAAUGUGGAAAAUCCCCUGGGAAAUGGGAGAUAUUAACAGUGAUGCUGUAAUAUAUCUCCUACUUUUACAGUCGGAAUCAAUCAUUGUUCCAGAAUAAGUUAACCUGGUCACAGAUUUCAUGAGCAAGGAUCACAUUGCGGUUUCUCUCGCUUGAAAGGAAGAGUUGUGUGUUGGCUCUCCUCUAGGAUGUAAUCUCAGAUAUUAGUCCUUACCUCAUCUGAGUCAUACCCCUCCAAAUCAAAAGAAAGCGCCCGAUGAAUCAGUCUGUAUACCAGAUGUCAGUUUGCUCAUGGGCCUUCUUGAGAUCGGUGAUUUAUGUAUUUGGCACCGUCAACAACUUUGAUCAAAUGUGUGGGUAUAGCUGCUAGCUAGUACAGCUUGGUCAGAACGAUGCAGGGGAUAUUGAAAUGCUGAUGAAGUUACCAGGCAUCAAGCUUAGCUUUGCUGUGCUUUAGAUGUUUUGGAUGGAUAGUUGGAUACAACCGUCUGUAUGUUCAUACAAAAUAUUUUCUUGCAUUUUCCUCCAUCAAGAUAUUACAUGUAUGAGAAACAAGAAACAUGUAAUAUCUUCGCAUUGAAGGUAUACUCUCAAGUAAUAAAUUGUGGGCUGAGAGGCCACUCAUCGAGAAAUGUACGUAUUGGUUUGUGUUUUGUUGGUGCUAGAUACUGGUUUUGAAUUUUGAUUGA